CCUUAUUGACAGUUCGUCGUCUGUCGCCGUUUAGGUUAGGUUAUUCUUAAAGUAUCCAUGAAAAUUCCAAAUUUUGUGAAAACAAUAUUUUUCGGAGUACCCAUUGGUAUAACAAUCAUAGAUGUUUUUGGAUAUGUAGCCAGGGUUGAUGGAAUUUCUAUGCAACCUGCGCUAAACCCCGAUGUGAAUCAAACAGAUUAUGUAUUUCUGAACAAAUGGGUUAUAAAAUCAGAAGAAAUUAAUCGUGGAGACAUCGUGUCAUUAAUUUCUCCCAAAGAUCCAUCACAAAAAAUCAUUAAGAGAGUCGUUGGAGUUCAGGGUGAUAUAAUCGCUACCUUGGGAUAUAAAAAAGAAAUCAUCAGAAUUCCUGAAGGUCACUGUUGGAUAGAAGGUGACCACACUGGUCACUCUAUGGACUCUAACAGAUUCGGUCCAGUAUCGCUAGGUCUGAUUACUGCGAAAGCCACUUGCAUUGUAUGGCCCCCUUCUCGUUGGCAGCUAAUCCACUCUUUCUUACCUGACUCCCGAGUACCUUUGAAUCUAGUGUCUAAACCUAUACUAGGAUUUUCUCAGUACUGAGCAGCCACAAAGACUUUAUAAAAAUGAGAGCAAUAUCUUUAGUGAAGAAAAUAGAAUUUGAAUUUACAGGAAAUGUUGCUAGAAAUGCAGUGACCUUAGGUGAUGUUGAUAAUGAUGGAUGUAAUGAGCUCAUCGUUGGAAAUCAGAAUGGUGAUAUUGCAAUUUUCAAGGGAAAGGAAAAACUGCAGUCAAUAUCUAAACUAGGUUUUAUAACUUGUAUUGCUGUUGGAGAUGUCACCAACCAAAAGCGUAAUGUUUUAACUAUUAUUACUGCGGAUGGUUGGUGCUAUCUGUAUGCAGCCCCUGAAAAUAUUUUGGACGAUUCUGUGAACACUUUAGAUGAAUCAGUAGAUCAGGUAGAUGGUCAAAUUAAUUCCACAUCUGGUACUGGUAGCUCAGAAAACUUACCGAUAGGCGAGUUUGCAGAUUUGAAAAUCAAAAAGGAUGAUUCCGAAAGAGUUCAACUCAUUUGUAUACAUAUGCAAAGAAUUCCAGCUAAUUGCAAGGAUAUUGUUCUUGGUGAUGUCGAUGGUGAUGGAAUGAUAGAAAUGAUUCUUGGACUGACAGACCGUGUUGUCCGGUCCUACAGAUGGGUUGCCAAUCCCUAUCUACCUGCGCUAAAUCUUACUGACUCCUGUUUGGGUUUCGAACCAUCCGAUAAACUGUUAGGUAAAUUUGUGGCAUUAAACAAAUGGGAAUGUGCCAACCAAAUAGGAUCCAUAACAUUACACCACUCUCUCGAUGGCAAAGCAUGUUUAUUGAUUGCCCAACCAGGCGGUACAUUCAUGAGAAUCAAAUGCCAAUCAGAUGACUCAAACGAGCAAAGUAGCAUGGAAAAUGUUUACCACAGUAACUCAGAGAGUUCUACUGGCGAACAUAUGUCAGGAUCAGUCGACUAUCAAUCCCUCGGCAUUACUAGGAUGAGAAACCAAAAUAUCUCUACAGAAAUAUUGGGUGAUUUGAGAAACCCGCAGCAUGCUGAUGAAAAUAAUCCCUCCAGAAAUGGUAUGCCUUAUGCUUUGGCCACUCUUGAUGGAACAAUCAUAUUAGUGAAAGAUGAAGUCAUAUUAUGGGCAAUUGCUGUAGACCACCAAAUUUUUGCAUUAACGAAAAUGGACGUCACUGGCAAUGGUUCUGACGACAUAGUUGUGUGUUGCUGGGAUGGUCAAACGUACAUUUUGGAUCAAGAAAAGAACUCUUUGAGAUUCCAUUUGGAUGAACCAGUUCAAGCAUUCGCAAGUGGUUACUAUGGCAUUACAACCAAUGUCCCAGAUGUUACAUCCCUUGUGUAUGUAACGUUUAAAAAUAGUAUUGUCAUAUAUUAUGACCUUCCUCUAAGAGAGCUUACAUGCAAAAAAUUUGAACCUGAUCCUGAGAAACUAAGUGAACUUUUUGUUGAUGGUAGUAGAAGUAAAAAUGAUGCCCUGGAACUUGUGAAGAAUAUGAGCAAAAAAGCGAAAAAAGAACUUGUAGGAUACCUUUUGUAUAAUACCUAGUGAUCAUCAGCUGUGUUCAUUUUGAAAAACUUACGGUAAUAAUCAAAUAACUAUUUUAUAGAACUUUUUUUUGUUGUAUAUUUUUAAAAAUUCAAUAAAGUAUAUGAAAGUUGGGGAAAACA